UUUCUAUUUGCAAAUUGUUGAUUGUAAAAUUCUCUCUCUCCUCUUCACAGUCACUCGCAGGGUCUCUUCCUGUGCUGUGCGUAGCGCAAGCACUGAAUUCGUGGCGCCUCUACACCUUCCAACCGUCCGUUCCCUUCUUCUGCUACACUUCAGUUCCCACGGGCUAGGGCGCUCUCUUCUCCGUCUAUCUCCCUCACCAUGGCUGCCGUUGCUCCUUCUCCUCCUCUUCCUCCUCCCCCUUCCGACCAAGCUGCGGAUUUGCUGCAGAAGCUCUCUUUGGAUUCUGAGGCCAAAACCUUUGAAGUUCAUGACCCCACAAGAAAGACUUCCGCUGCUCCUUAUGGGUUUGUUAAUUCUGGGAAUUGCCCUAAUCCUAAUGAUACUGCCAAGCCAUUUCAGCAGUUUGCAACCCCGUGUCAUCAGGAUAUCGGUGAUCAAACCUUGUGCUACCUUCCCAAUGGAUAUCAAUCUACUGCAUAUUAUUAUGGAGGAUAUGAUGGGCAAGUUAGCGAUUGGGACAACUACACCAGAUAUGUUAAUUCUGAUGGGGUUGAGAUGGCUGCAGGUAUUUAUGGUGAUAGUCGAUCCCUCAUGUGUCACCAUGGUUAUGGUUAUGCACCAUACAGCCCAUAUCCUCCUCCUGGUUCAUCUGUCCCUCCCAUUGCACACAAUGGUCAGAUUUAUGGUCCACAACAUUACCAUUAUCCUACUCCUUAUUUUCAGGCUCCUGUUCCAAACAGGGCAUCUUAUCCAAACCUGCCGAGCAUUCCUCAAGUGGAAGCUUCUUCUUCUAUCAUAGCUAACCGACUGCCUUUGUCAGCAGAAACAAUUAAGGGUAACUUGGCUAGUAUAGUGAAUGGUGGAAAUGCGAAUACCAAUAAUGUGUCACAGUCAUUCAAACCAAGUUACCAGAACUCAUCUAUAAGUUCCACUGGUUGCUACGGGAGGCCAGGUAUUCCUUCUUUGGGAUAUCAAGACCCAAAGCUUGUCUUUGAUGGAAUUCAGUCACCAAUUCCAUGGUUAGAUGCCACAUUUGGGCAGUCAAGACAUACAUCAGGUUCACACGUCAACAACGUUCUUUCUGGAAGGAAUCAGAGUCUUCGUCCUCUUCAACAUCUCAUGGAUCUGCAAUGGCCAAGACAACCUUCUGGUAUGAGCCAAGCUCGAUUCACUAAUAAGAUGUACCCAAACAACAGGAUGUAUGGCCAAUGUGCAAACACAUUUAAAACUAGUUUAAGUUUAGGAUCUUGUGGUUAUGAUUCCAGGUCUAAUAUGCAUGGCUGGUUGGCCAUUGAUAGUAAACACAAACCCAGAGUUCUCGGAAAUGUCUUUGAUUACCGGCAUGAGGAUGUUGCAGGGUUUAAUGAGCUGAAUAGAGGACCUAGAGCCAGGUGUUUUAAGAGCCAAAACAAAAGGGGGUUUGGACCUAUCACAUCAUCUGUCAAUGAGCUAAACAUUUUAAAUGGAGAUAUCGAGAGUGAUAAUUCGCCUUUGAUCAAGGACAAGGAACUGUACAACGGAGAUGAUUUUUCUGAGAAUUAUUUGGACGCAAAGUUUUUCAUCAUUAAGUCCUACAGUGAGGAUGAUGUUCAUAAGAGCAUUAAAUAUAGUACGUGGGCCAGCACACCAAAUGGCAAUAAGAAGCUGGAUGCUGCAUAUCAGGAUGCUCAGGAGAACUCUAAUGGCUGUCCUGUGUUUCUGUUUUUCUCUGUGAACACCAGUGGACAAUUUGUUGGUCUGGCAGAGAUGGUCGGCCCUGUUGAUUUUGACAAGAGCUUGGAAUAUUGGCAGCAGGACAAGUGGAAUGGUUGCUUUCCCGUUAAAUGGCAUGUUGUAAAGGAUGUACCGAAUGGUUUAUUGAAGCAUAUUACACUUGAAAACAACGAGAAUAAGCCUGUGACUAAUAGUAGGGACACUCAGGAGGUGAAAUUUGAGCUGGGUGUACUAAUGGUCAAAAUUUUUAAGGCUUAUAUAAGCAAGACAUGCAUUUUGGAUGACUUUGGGUUUUAUGAGGCUCGCCAGAGGACAAUGCACGAAAGAAAGGCAAAGCAACAACAGUAUAAACAGGCAACAUAUUACCUCUUUCCACAACUUAGACCAAAAAUGCUUCAUUUCCCCUUAGAAGGAAAUGUGUUGUACACGCAUUGUUCGUCCUAUGAAGUUCUUGUAGAGUUGACUGGAUUAUUUUUGUUUUGGAAUCUCUGUAAACAGGUGCGGAAUGGGAUGCUUACUAAUGCUGUUGCUAAUGAAGUUAAAGACACUGAAAGGGUGAUGGGUAAACAACAGAGGCAGCUGAAAUGUUUUGAUGUUGCCAUGGGGUUGAUCGAGGAUGAACAAACUACUGCGGCAGCUGGAGUCACAGCAGCAGCAGCAGUAGCUGAUAAUGCCAAUGGAGAGCUGAAGCUGAUGGGGGGAGAAGGGAUCAAGGACAGUGAGUGAAGCAGUUGUGGAUAGAGCUAAACCAGCUGAAGUUAACAGACAAGAGUGUUGUUUCUAAUGGAGUAGCUACUAAAUCCUGCUAAUUCUUCAAGACUGAAGUUUUUGUUUUUUUGGGUGGGAAGGGGGUGUGAGUAGGGUAUAGUUGGUAGCUUCUUGGGAAUAGGGCACCGGUUUUGCUCACACUUUUUCCUUAGUAGUGUGCUUGUAUGUUUCUCUCUCUCUCUCUCUCUCUCUCUUUGAAGUUUAGUUCUUGUUGCUUUAGCUCAUUGUGUGCAUCAGGUACAUACCUUCCUUUACCUUUUAUGUAGAUUUUUUUUUUUUAAAUUCCCUUUAUUUUCAAUCGCAGGUUUUGUAUUUUGCACUGUUAUUAGGCUUCUUGCUUGUUUGUAAUUCAGAUGCUGCAGCCAGUUCAUGGUUUCUUACUUCUCUCCUUUUUAAUUUUUAAUUUGAUGGCUUCAUAUA